AUGAGCGCUUCUGGUGUCGUUCAGAGACAGCUAAAGGACGACUGGGACAAUCGCGAGUACGAACAGGUUGGAAUUUAUGAAAAGAACGGAGAGUAACCUGAAAAGGAGAUUUUUAAAUUUAAAAAAAUUGAAGUAGAAAUGAAAAAUUUUUUUACUUGUUAGAAAAAUUGGUUUAGUUUUUUUAUGUCGGCUUAUUUUUAAAUCAUAGUUUGAAGUGGAGUGCAUGAUGCGACUGAUAUUGUUGGGAUCAAAGUAAAAUCAGACUUUAAAAUCAUUUAAAUUUGAGAUUUAAUAACUAUUCCUUCAUUUUCCCGAUUUAAUUGCACGUAUAAAACUCCUUUGUUUUUUCAGAUCAUUUCUGAUAACAUCAAGAACAUCGCUAACUUCUUGUCAAGCUUUGGUGCGUUAACUAAUAAAGACUUUUUGCAAUCAAGUCUAAUUUUUAUUCAGAGCUCUCGUGCCGAAGCAAACUAGCUGGUCUUAGCGACAAGAUCACGCUUUUGGAAAGAAAAGUCGAGUAUUUGGAAGCUCGAGUAAGAUUUUAUCAAUUUUUGAAUAAUUUUGCUUUUUCAAGUUUUUAUUUUCUGGUACAUACCUUUUUUCAACUCACCUACUCCAUUAAUUUUCGCUUUUUUUAAAGUUUUUUGAGACUUAUUCUCUUCCAGUAGCUUCAUAUGCAUUGUUUCCUUCACGUUUAUUUCAUUUACUUUUUCUCGCUUCGCAUUAAUUUGCGCUUUUCAACAGGUAACUUGAAAUUAUAUAUUAUUUUCCAGGUAACCAAAGGAGACACCCUUUCUUGAAUAUGUCUUCAACUGCGAAGAUCGCCAAAACCACGGCGAAUGCCGUCCGAACUGUGGCGCCCGUCAAAUCGACAAAUCACAAGGAUGCCCGUUUGGCCGUUCUUCAGGUCUACAAAGAGUUGUAAGUUUACUUUAUUUCCGGCAAUUAUUUUUCGAAUUUUUAUUGGAAUUCGCUUUGUUUAAGACUUUUUGCUUCAUUAGUACUUGAUCUCAAGAUGUUGAAAAUUUUUUAAAACUUGCUGUGAACUUGAAAAUUUUCGGAUAUUUUAAAAUUUAGUUUACGGUAUACUAUUUCUGUUUGAAAGAAUAGAAAGUUGUAAUUUAAAGAGCUUUCAACGCUAAAAAGAAUCAAAAAGGUUAAUAAAUUAAUAAUUUAAAGAUUUUUUUCUUUCGCUUGUACUCUACCUUCGUAGAAUUUAUCAAUUUUAAAAUCAUACAAGACAUUUUUGAAAUGCGAUCGUUUGCAGCCAACGCCUGACGCCAAAGUUCUGGUGGGAUUUCGGCCUGCAGGACAUGCCUUUGGGAGUUUUCCGCGCCGUUAUCAAGAAACAGUUCACGAAAAACGCCCAACUGACCGACGUUCGCGUUAUCGAUCGCCUUGUUGGCGAGACCCACCAGGUUUCCAUUGAAAAUAUAGUGGAUUCCGCACGAACUUGUCACGUAAAAAAGUAGGAAAAACUACAGUAUGCAGAGCUUUCGCUUCAAGACCUUUGAUCUAAAGAUGUACGGUAUUCUGAUCAGAAAAAAAGUGACAAGUUGGCGCGGGAUAGGCUAUAACCGCUUUUCUAUAAAAUUCUGCUUUAAAACUUUUUAGGUUAUGAAAAAAAAUUUUUCUUUAAUUAAAAAAAGAUGUUUCAAAAUAAAAUAUUUUUUCAUCAAGGCUUCCAAGUGAACUGGAAAAAAGAAUUGCUUUUCAUGAUGAUAUUUGGAUUACUUUGAAUUUUUAUUCUUGGAAAAUUAUUCUCUUCAUAGUUUCCUCUAGGACGAAUUGACAAUAAAAAAAAAAUGCUAAAAAUUUUCGAAAAAUGAUGUUUUGCAAAGCAGAAGCUACGGUGAGAAAUUGGUAGUUUCAAAGGUUUAUUUCAAAGAAGUGGUUCUAUUAAACUGCGUCAUAGUAUUUUAAAAAUCUCGCAUGCUGAUCAGGUGUCUCAACGGGUGUACCCGUAUUAAACCCGUGUUUCUGAGGUUAUUUUAGUCUCAGUUGGGCUAAAACGGGGGAACAACGGGUGUAAGAAAAAUAUGUAACCCAGCUGUGCUAAAGCGGGGUCUCAGUUGGGCUAAAAAUUGCCAAAAGUGCUAUCAGAUGGGCUUUUACGGGUUUUAUACGGGGGCACCCGCUGAGACCCCGUGUUAGCACGGCUGGGUUACCCUGCUCAGCAUUCGAGAAUGUUCUAUUUUUGUUCAUACCCCUUUAUCAAAAUUUUCUCCGCUUCCAACAGUAAUUCUCAUUUUUCCUGUCAAUUUCCAGCACAUGUACUCGAUCCGGUACGCCUUCUACAACCCAGACCACGUCCGCAACUAUCUUUUCGCCGAAAAUAUCGAAGCGAAACCGAAAGAUUUCCUCUCCAAGUUCCUCAACGGAAAAGAAUAG